GUCUCUUUCGCACUGUCAAAAGAGACGUUAGAGAGAGAGAGAGAGAGAGAGAGAGAGAGAGAGAGAGAGAGAGAGAUCAAAGUUUCCUCUGAUCAUAUCGGAGAUGGCGACGAACAUUGGGAUGAUGGGUUCGGCAUAUUUCGUUGGGAGAUCGGAGAUUCUCGCAUGGAUCAACUCUACUCUCCAACUCAAUCUCUCCAAAGUCGAAGAGGCGUGUUCCGGCGCAGUUCACUGCCAAUUGAUGGAUUCGAUCCAUCCAGGAAUGGUUCCGAUGCACAAGGUUAACUUCGAUGCGAAGAGCGAGUACGAUAUGAUACAGAACUACAAGGUGCUUCAGGAUGUCUUCAACAAACUCAAGAUCACCAAGCACAUAGAAGUCAGCAAGCUAGUGAAGGGAAGACCACUUGAUAACUUGGAGUUCAUGCAGUGGAUGAAGAGAUAUUGCGAUUCUGUGAACGGGGGCCUGUUUCAGAAUUACAACGCGUUGGAGAGAAGAGAAGUCUGCAAAGGUGGAAAAGAUACGAACAAGAGGGGUGCUGCAGCUACACAAGCCUCAACAAAGGGUUCUUCAGCUGCUCCUAGACCCUCAUCUUCAAACGGAACACGAAAAAAUGAACCUCCUUCCUCCAACAAUUCCAACCAUUCUGCUAAGGCCUCAUCUAGAUCAUCCAAACCAAUGACUGCAUACGAUGAACAGAUAACUGAGCUGAAACUAUACAUAGACAGCCUCGAAAAAGAGAGAGACUUUUACUUUUCUAAACUCAGGGAUGUAGAGAUUCUCUGCCAAAACCCCGAGACCGAGCGCCUGCCCCUCGUUGGUGCCAUUAAAAGGGUCCUGUAUGCGGCAGAUGGCGAUGACACGGCCGCGAUAGAGGCUGCAGUCCUGAACCCCAUAGCUGAAGGGUCGGAAGAGAGAAUGAACAAAGUAGAGGUGCAGAAGAGGAAAGUCAUAGUGAAUAUCGAUGUCGAUGCAGCUGGAAUCACGGCACUCUCACCACGACAACGCCUUUCUGAUGCUUCCGAUGUUAAAUGCAGCGGGUCCCCUCUCUUGACCUGUUGAAAACUGAACAAAAAGAGACAGCCCGAUGCACAAAGCAUUCCCGUUGAGCGGGGGUCCGAGGAAGAGUCCCACCACAAGGGUGUAUUAUAGGCAAACCUUACCCUGCAGAAAUAUCUGUAAGAGACUGCUUACAGGACUCGAACCCGUGACCUCUAGAUCACACAAUGGCAACACCUUAACCUGUGCUCCAAGACUCCCCUUCAUAUAUAUAUAUAUAUAUAUUCAAUUUGUAUGCUGUGUUCUAUAUUAGUGAACUUUUUUUUUUCUUUGAAUCCCCUUCUCGUUCAUUUUUAUCUUUGUGUCAAGGACCCAUUUCUGUAUAUCGUUUGGGUGUAUAUGCGAGAGAACAAUAGUUCAUAGUAAUACAGACAAAAAGGCCA